AUGGCGAAUCUCGAAUUUCCACCCCAAUACACCCGAGCCGGCAACACAACCCACACUGGCGAGGUGCACUCGAUUCCGCAAGACGAGCAGUUUGCAUAUGGAACCGCCGGAUUUCGCUUCCGUGCCGAAAAACUGCCGUUCAUCGUGUACCGAUGCGCGUAUUUGGCCAGUUUGCGUGCUCGUCAACUCGACUCGGCCAUCGGUGUCAUGAUUACCGCGUCGCACAACCCGGCACAGGAUAAUGGGGUGAAAUUGGUGGAUCCCAGUGGAGAUAUGCUCAGUUCGCAGUGGGAGAUCUAUGCGACUGAGGUGAUCAACGCGUCGGAUGCGGACCUUACGAAAGUGAUUCGCGACUUUGAGAAGAAUUUCCAGCGAAGUUCACAGUCGAAAAUCGCCCGCGGCUUGAUUCACAAUGCGAAAGUCGUCUGUGGCAUCGAUACGAGGGUUUCGGGACCGCACCUAAUGGAAGCCGCCCGUGCCGGCGCCGCCCUCUUCAACGUCAAAUUUGUGGAUAUCGGCGUUGUGAGCACUCCGAUGCUCCACUAUUCGGUGAAAUCGUUCAACGAGCCCGAAUUCGCCGACCCAACGCAUCAGGGAUAUUAUGACGCGAUCAGUGGCGCUUUCAAAAAGUUGUACGAGAUGACACAGGAGCCAGAUGGGUCUAGAUAUCAACCCGAACUGAUCGUCGACUGUGCGAAUGGAGUGGGUGCGCCUCGUUUCCGCGAACUCCUGAAACAAAUUCCGAAAGAGAUGCUCUCCAUCGAGUUGCGCAACGAGAAUGGCGAGCUGAAUCACGGGUGUGGUGCGGAUUUUGUGAAAAUCGCCCAGAAGAUGCCGGCCAACUUCAUUUUGACGCCAGAUGCGGCUCCGGAGCCGAAGUGCGCCUCGUUCGACGGUGAUGCCGAUCGAAUUUUGUAUUUCCGAGCGAAGAAUGGAUGUCAGUACGGAACAGCCGAACUCUUCGAUGGUGACCGUAUCGCUGUGCUCUUCGCCACGUACAUCAAGGAGCAAUUGGACAUUUACACCGCGUCGAAACCGCGGAAUUCGCUGAAAAUGGGAAUUGUGCAGACGGCGUACGCCAACGGCUCCUCCACCAGAUUCGUCCGCGAACAUCUCAAAAUUGAGCCAAUCAUCGUGCCGACGGGCGUCAAACAUUUGCACGAGGCUGCGUCGGAAUUCGAUAUCGGAGUGUAUUUUGAAGCGAACGGACACGGCACGAUUGUCUUCAGCAAACACUUUGAUUCCGUCGUUCGCAGAAACGCCUCCCCACUGGUGCAUCUGCGACGUCUUCAUCUGUUCUCCCGUGUCAUCAACGAGACCGUCGGCGACGCCUUCGCCGAUCUCCUCGCCACGGAGAUUGUUCUUCGUCACUUCGGAUGGUCGAUGGACGACUGGAAUCAGAAGCUGUAUCAAGAUGUUCCGAAUGUCCAGAUCAAGGUUCCCGUCGCGGAUCGAUCGAUUUUCAAGACGACGAAUGCGGAGCAGACGUUGGUGAAGCCAGAUGGAUUGCAGAAGAGAAUCGAUGAAGAGGUGGCCAAGUACAAGGAUUCGAGAGCUUUUAUUAGACCAUCGGGAACGGAGAACAUUGUGCGUGUCUACGCCGAAGCCGACACUCUGGAGAACACUCAUCGUCUUGGAAAAUCGCUGGAACAAGUCGUCCUCAGCAUUGGUUCUGCUUAG